AUGGCAUCCUCCAAGCAAGGGCCACCGGCGACGGCGCCGCAUGACCUAAACUGCCUCACGAUCUCCGAACUCCAGCGCGUCGCACGGGACCGCAUGGACAAGCAAACACGGGACUACUACAACGAAGGGGCCGACGGCGGGAGCACACUCCACGAGAACGAGUCGGCCUACAGACGGUACCGGAUCCGGCCGCGCGUGCUGCGCGACAUCUCACGCAUAGAGACCACCGUGCCCAUCUUCGGCCACCGCAACGCGAUGCCCUUGGGUGUCGCGCCCGCGGCGAUGCAAUGCCUGGCGCACUCCGACGGCGAGAUAGCGACAGCGCGAGCGUGCCGGGCCAAGGGGAUUGCGAUGGGCCUGAGCAGUUUCUCGACGAGCACACUCGAAGACGUGCGCGAGGCCAGCGGCGAGAUCCCGAACGUGCUGCAGCUGUAUCUAUUCGAGGAAAAAGAGAAAAGCCGCCGGCUGAUCGAGCGCGCUAAGAAGGCCGGGUACAAGGCGGUGAUGCUCACGGUCGAUACGCCCAUGCUGGGCCGCAGGAAUCUCGAGAUCAGGAAUCAGUUCGCCCUGCCGAGUCAUUUGAAAAUCGCGAACUUCCCGGCCGGAGAUGACGAAGACGCCGUGGAGGACGAAGCAUCAUCAUCCCCAUCCUCAUUCAAACAGUCAAACCAGAACCGAAAACCCCCCCGCCGCCGCUCCUCCCCGGGCUACCAAGACGGCGCCCGCCGUGUCCACCCCGCCGGCCCGAUAACAUUCCACAGCCACGCACCCAACCCGACCCUCUCCUGGGAGUCGUCCAUCCCAUGGCUCAAGUCCGUCGCGUCACCGAUGCAAGUCUGGGUGAAGGGGAUCGCGACCGCCGAAGACGCGCACCUGGCCCUGCAGCACCACGUCGACGGCAUCAUCGUGUCCAACCACGGCGGCAGGCAACUCGACGGCGCACUCGCGACCCUGGACGCCUUGCCGGAGGUCGUGGCUGCUGUCCAGAAGCGAAUCCCCGUGCACGUCGACGGCGGCAUCCGGCAUGGAACCGAUGUCUUCAAGGCGAUUGCGCUGGGCGCCGAUUUCUGCUGGGUCGGACGCCCCGUGCUGUGGGGCUUGGCGUAUAAAGGGCAGGAAGGCGUCGAGUUGUGUUUGCGGUUGUUGAUGGAUGAGUUCAAACUGUGUAUGGGUCUGGCCGGGGUCACGCGCGUGCAGGAUAUUUCGAAGGACUAUCUGGCCAAGGUCGAUCGUGAUGGGUUUCCGAGCCGUUUGUGA